GAGAGAGAGAGAGUUGCAAGCCGGGUCGAAGUCAGAACGUCUGAAGAAGAAAGCGAAUGGAACGAUACACGGGGAAAUAAGCUGACAACAGAGACACCGCCGGGUCGUCAGGCCUAAUGUUAGAGGUUAAUGAUGGACCCCAAAAGUGAGACUAAGAAGAUGACCUCCCUCCUCCCAGGCGACCCCUCGCCUGAGGCGCAGGAACAGACCCCUCCCAAAGGCCCAGGCUGCAGCUGGCUGGUGGUGGUAGCGGCUCUGGCGGCCUCUCUGAGCGGCCUGAUGCUGGGGUAUGAAAUGGGGCUGACCUCGGGGGUCCUGCUUCAGCUGCGGGAACUCCUCUCCCUCUCCUGCAGGGAACAGGAACUGCUGGUCAGCUCCCACCUACUCGGUGCUCUGCUCAUGUGCCUGGCUGGAGGUCCUCUUCUGGACCGCUACGGCCGCCGCUUCUCUUUACUCCUGAGCGCUGCCCUGGUGGUCGGAGGGACUGUCAUGCUCAUCGCGGUCAACACACUGGUUUUCUUCACCCUGGGCCGGAUGAUAGUCGGCAUGGGUACAGCUCUGUCUGGGACAGGAGCGUGCCUGUACAUCGCAGAGAUCUCACCGAUGGAGAGGAGGGGUCUGCUGGUCACGCUGUACGAACUGAUGCUGGUUGUGGGUGUAAUGCUGGGAUUUGGCUGUAGCUACGUCUUCUCUACUGUGCCGCAUGGCUCGGCGUAUACAUUUGGACUAGUAAUCCCCCCCGCGCUGCUGCAGAUCAGUAUCCUUGUGUUCCUCCCAGCCAGCCCACGCUUCCUGGUCAUCCGAGGUAAAGUGGAGCAGGCCAGGAUGGUGCUGGCCCGAAUGAGAGGUGGGGUCAAGGAGCAUGUGGAAAUGGAGCUCAGAGACAUUCAGGCAGGACUUAAAGAGGAAUCAGAGCACAGUUUCUGGGAGCUGUUCAGUAGCAAAGCUAACCUGCGCUCACGGCUUCUAACUGGCGUGGCUUUAGUCUUCCUUCAGCAGGCUACAGGUCAACCCAACAUCCUGUCCUACGCCUCACCGCUCCUCCGCAGCAUGGGCUUCAACAGCGACGCCGCAGCGACCUUGGCCUCCACAGGGUUCGGAGUGGUCAAAGUAGUUGGCACUAUCCCAGCGGUGUUGCUGGUCGACCGUGUGGGAACCAAGAACUUUUUGUGCGUUGGUGCGGUCGGAAUGGGAGUGUCGCUACUGGCCCUUGGCACAUUGACACUGCAAAGCCACACCCAUCUCACCAGCCUUUGUAAAAGUCACACCAUACCAAACCACACACAUACGCCAUGGAAUUUAAAUGGAUCCUUUAUAGACUUUGGCAACAGUGACAUUUUAGCUACUGGCCUCCCCAGCCAAUGGGAUAGUGAGGAGGCACAGUGGACUAAAAGAGAGGAUGAUGGGAAUAGGGAGUCAGGAAGGACUCCUGUGGAAGUGUCCUCCUUUAUGAAGUGGGCCUCAUUGAUCAGCUUGCUGGUGUUCGUGGCAGCCUUCUCCAUUAGCCUGGGGCCAAUGGUGUAUGUGGUUCUCAGUGAGAUCUUUCCGAUGGGAGUACGAGGUAGAGCUGUGUCUGUUGUGUCGGCUGUGAACUGGGCCACUAACCUGCUCAUCUCCAUGACCUUCCUCACAUUUACAGAAAAGUUUGGUCUCCCCAAUGUGAUGUUCCUGUACGCUCUUAUGAGCUUUGUUCUGCUGGUCUUCAUCAUCUUCUGUAUCCAUGAGACCAAGGGUCGCACACUGGAGGAGAUAUCAAAAGAACUGGCUAAGAAGAAACUUUUUGAGGGGAGGCUCUGCAGGCAGGUUCAGCCUCAGAAGAGUCUGAUCUGUAGCAGCACGUCCACAGAGACUCCAGCAAACGUCUGAUUUUAUCAUUUGAUUCCCAACUGUACACCUCAUCUGAAGGAGAGUCCAGAGCAUUUAAGGGCAACUGUUAAGAAUUUGGGCUUGAACUCGUACAUCGCUGCAGUUCCAGCAGAUCCUGUAUUGAUGGCAAACUCAUAUCCUUGUUGCUACGUGCUGCACGUGAAGGACGAACAACAGGAAGGGGAUAAUGGAAAUUGUAUUUUCAGGACAUUUUUUAAUAAUUAAGGUUUGAUUACAUUAGUAGAACUCAGGUCUCACUUCAGGAAGUAAAGAUAAACUUUGGGGAUGAAUUGAAUUUCUUUGUAAAAAAUGCCUUUCUUGUAUUACCUACCAAUUCAACCCCAACAUAAUGACUUCAGUAUAAACUUUGAAUUCUUGGAGAACAUGUUUUUCCAAUGUCUCAAUAAUUCAAGGGUGAACAUAUAUACAACAUAUUGGGGGUCAAGUAUUACCUUAAGAAUACCGUUCCAAUAAGGCAGAAAUGAAAGAAAACCCACUCAAACUGUUCUACUACAGGUUUUUAGUUUAGACAAAAGAAUGUCUCGUUGGUCUUGAUUAGGGAAAUCCAAGAUGUGCUAAACUAUCAAACACUAAUAACUUGAAAUGUCUGUUUGUAACAUUCUUUGAAUUCCAAAUUAAUGCAUUAUUUAUGUACUGUAACAACACUAGAGCCCGGUGCCGCCUCUUUUUGUAUGGGAUUAAGCAAUCAAGAAAAUGAUGACUCAACAAGUUCCCUUUUACUGUAUGCCUGUCUGCUGAACAAAUAAUAAACUCAUCAGGUAUGGUAGUA